UUAGUUGGGGGGGUGCGCCCGACAAGCGGGCGAGGCGGCAUUCGGCGGCGUUCCGUCGAGGGGGCCAUAGUGUCAGCGGUGGCCCCGCUGGUAGGGGGUUACUCCCGGGACUGCUCCCGGCUGGGUUGCAGCUGCAGCAGCAGCGUCUUUGGGCCUCUUCAGCGCGGCGUCGGCACUCGGCUUCCUGGGCGUGGUUCUCCUUCUGGGCGUUUGCCCUUUUGGUUUGUGGGGUAUUUGGGGGGUUUCCAUCAGCCUGGGUGGCUGGGCAGCGGCCCCUUUUCCGUUCCCUGGAGCACUACUUUUGAUGCCAACAUUCUUUUAUUUGUUUGGUGGGUAGCAGGUGGGUGUUUGUGCUCAUCAGUGCCCUGGUGGGCCUGGCCUGGUUGAGAGUCAAAAGGCCUUUUCAAGCCUUCUCCUUGGGUGUGGGGCUCUGGUGCUUUCCUGGAUAGGAUUGAGUAUUGUUUUUGAUUCAGGACAAGGGCUUGGCUUUUGUUCUAUAUCCUUGCUACCUUCAUUCUGUGCGUGGUUGGCGCUUUUUUCCUCCAACCCCUUUUGGAAUCCCACUAUUUAGAGGCAGUAUGCCGGGGAAGGCCAAGGGCAAGAAAGGGGGGCGCCCUGUUAAGCAGCCCAAGAGGCCUGCUCCCCCGCAGUCCUCCUCGGAGGAGGAGGAGGAGGAGAUGACUCUGAUACGGGGGUUAAUUAAUAGGAUGGAAGCUUUAGAGAAAGCAAAAGCAGCCCCCUCCGACAAAGGUGCGGGUCCUUCAGGUGUGGGGGGGGUGCCUCCUCCUAAGGUCCCUCGGAGGACCAGGGGUUCUGUGAAAAGCCAGCUGCUAACUUCUCUCUCUAGUAGGCUGGCUGCGCUGGAAGAAGGGCUGAACCCUGCUGGACUGGGCCCUUCUGCUCCUGCGUUACCGCUUCCUGAACCUGAGUCUCCAGUUCCGGAGUCGCCUUCACCAUUGCUACCUCCGCCUGCGGCACCAGUUGUUCAGCCUCCAGUGGAUACGGCUACUCCUUUGGCCCAGGGUGCUGGCGGGGCGGCGGUCCCGGUCCGAGUCCUGAUGUGUGGCCAUUCGUUGGUCUUCUGGGCUUUCAAGCGGGCCAGCACCACCCGCUGGGGAUCCCAGUUGGGUUUAGGAAGCAAGGCUUCAGUUUAUUGGUUGGGCAUGAGGGGCAUGCUCUGGAAUCAGUUGCUUCCAGCAUUGAGGGAGCAUUUAGAUAGGUUUCCCAUUCCCGACAUCCUGGUUCUUCAUUUAGGGGAGAAUGAUUUGGGCCGGCGGCCUGGCCUCGCCAUCCUUCAGCAAGCCUCCUCGGAUUUGUCUAUUUUGCACAGCUGGAUGCCUGGCGUGCGCAUAAUAUGGGUUAAUUGGCUCCAGCGCAGGGUGUGGCGGGGUGCUCAUUCUUGCCUUAGCUUGGAAAAGGCACGCAGGAAGAUUUCAGCCGCAAUAGGUAAAUUGGUUUUGGCGGCCGGGGGGUCUGUGGUGCGGCAGCCAGAUAUAGCUGCUCGCUUUCCCGAGUUAUUCCGCCCUGACGGGGUCCACCUGUCUGAGAAAGGUUGUGAUUUGUAUCUGCAUAAUAUCCGGGAAGUGAUUGCUGAAGGUUUGGAGGGGGUGGGGCAGGAAGGUCAAGCGAGGGCUAACCUUCCUGGGUGGCGGUAACAGUGCGGGCUGUGGGUAAGGAGGUCUAGAUUUCGGUGAGCACCCUUGGACAUUUUAAGGUGGAUUGGUCAAUUGCUUCCUUGUGGCCUGUGCGGCACGGGAAGAAUUACAUUGCCAAGAAACCUGCUUCAGGACUUCACCUACCUUUGGGCUGUGCGGUCCGGGGAGGUAAAGAUCUGAAGCUGUCCAGAUCCCCUCUUCUAAAAGGGGUGGUUGGCUUUGAAGGAAUUGGGCGGGAGCUACCUGCCUCUUUCCUGAGCCAGGGUGUGUCGCCCUUGCAGGCGAUGGGUAGGACGUUUUGAAUCCUAGCCCACGCCUAGGUGCCCGCACUGUUUUUAUGUUGGUGAUUAAUCACCUUGUUUCCAGUCCGCCACAAAUGUUGUUAUAUUAAUAAAGCGUGGCCCGUUUCUCCCAUUAAAAAAUGUCUCUGUGUCUUCUUGGGCUGGGG